ACGUCUAGACAUUUUCAACUCGGACAUGUGAAGCGAAAAGUGUCGGGAAAAGUUUAUAAUCUGGGCUGUGUGGAUGAAAACUAAAAGCAUACGGUUAAAAGCAGCAGUGAACGAGGCGGAGGACAAACAAAAAAAAGUGGAAGAGUUUUAACGUCAUCUCUAACGCCAAACUUCCCUUGGCGUUUUUCAUCUGUCACGGGGAUUUAAGACAACGAUGCAGACGGAAAGGGUUAUGGAUUAUGAAGAACGCACAAAAUUGUACAGAUUGCCCUGAAUAACCGCGAGUUUACACGCACUUUCAUGCACCUUUGCUAAACCCAUCUCAUCUCAUCUCGCGCUCACACCCUUGUGCUUCGCACUACUCCUGAAAGAUGUUGUCCAGGCUGAGCGAGUGGUUCUGGAACGAGAGGCUGUGGUUUCCUGGAGACCUGGGCUGGGCUGACCUGGAGGAUCGGGACGGUGUCACCUAUGCCAAAACAGCAGACCUCUGGGUGACCCUGCCCAUUGCACUCACCUUCCUCAUCAUACGACAAGUUUUCGAGAGGACGGUGGCCAUUCGUCUGGCCACAGCUCUGGGUGUGAAGGAGAAAGUUCGAGUGCGAGCGGCGCACAACCCUAUGCUGGAGGCUUACUUCAGGAGCACAAGUAAAAGCCCCAAACAGGCUGAAGUGGAGAGUUUAGUGAAAAAGACGGGGCACACGGAGAGAGAGAUCCACAGAUGGUUCCGGCGACGAAGGAACCAAGAGCGACCAAACCAGCUGAAGAAGUUCAGAGAGGCCAGUUGGAGAUUUACCUUUUACCUUGUUGCUUUCAUUGCUGGCCUUGCUGCACUUAUUGAUAAACCUUGGUUCUACGAUACGAAGGAGAUGUGGGCAGGGUUUCCAGUGCUGCCGCUGUUGCCUUCUCAGUACUGGUACUACAUGAUUGAACUAGGGUUUUACAUGUCUCUCCUCUUCAGCGUCGCAUCAGACGUCAAGCGAAAAGACUUUAAAGAGCAGAUAGUGCACCAUGUUGCCACCAUCUUGCUGAUCAGUUUCUCGUGGUGUGUGAACUACAUCAGAGCAGGAACCCUCAUUAUGCUGGUGCACGACGCCUCCGACUACCUGCUGGAGUCUGCCAAGAUGUUCAACUACGCCGGCUGGAGGAAAACCUGCAACUACAUAUUCAUCAUCUUCGCUGCCAUCUUCAUCAUCACCAGACUCGUCAUCUUCCCUUUUUGGAUCCUGCAUUGCACCUGGGUGUAUCCGGUGACUGUUUAUCCUCCGUUUUUUGGGUAUUACUUCUUCAACGGGCUGCUGUUUGUGCUGCAGUGUCUGCACAUCUUCUGGGCCGUACUCAUCCUGCGUAUGGCUAUCAAAUUUUUGCCAGGCAAUAAUAUAGUGGAGGACGAAAGGAGCGACCGAGAAGAAACAGACUCUGAGGAUGAUGAUGAGGAAGACGAGAAGGACAGGAGAGUGAAAAAUGGACCAGUCCUGAACGGCCACUCGCCACUAAACAACAACCAUCACCGUAAGACUGAGUGAUGAGAGAAGAGGUACAACACUAGCCUUACAGACCAACAGACUCAUGCUGACGGAUCCAAAACACACAAACACGCACCAUUCUAAUGCUGUGGAACGGACAAACUUCCAGAAAGAGGAUUGGUGUAACCCUUUCCCCACAUUUAAAACACUAUUAACAGGCCCCAUGUUUAAAUAAUGUUGUUUUGUUGAUGGUUGCCUUGCUUUACUGGUAAUAUUUCCUCCAGUUUAUUCGAUCUCAGUUCCUUUAUGUUGUUUUGGGCAUCGCACACACACACACACACACACACUAGAAAUCAUAUUUCAUUCUUUCUGGUCAGAUUUCUCAGAAUCCCUCAGUAUUUGAGUUCUGACGUUGGCGGAGAUUGACUGGAAUUUUUUUUUGUGUCCACUUUACAAUAUAAGAGAUUCACUAAGUGACCUUCA